AAAUAGUUUCACACAAGCAAACCAUCUCACAACACAUCUGCACUCUCGAUUAAAGGGAGAGUUCACCCUAAAAUGAAUAUGCUCUGAUCAUUUACCUGCCCUCAAUCCAUCCUAGGGAGCAAGCAACCAUUGAAACAAUGCUAAGUCAACAUUGAUGAGUUGGCGUAAUUUGUAUUGAAUUAAUGUUGCAAGGUGAUGUUGGUUCAAUAUCACUUUUGCGCCAUCAGUUAAUGUGAUUGAAUCAGUGUUACAGUAUGAUGUUGAUUCUACAUCACUAUUGUUGAAUCAGUGUUGAAAUCUCAAGAAAUCAAUGGCAAUGUUGUUGAAUCAAUGCUACAAUCUAAUGUUAUCACUUUUUUUUAUCACUUUUGCACCCUCAGUUGAAGGGAUAGUAAACUGGCAGGGCGGAGGGCAGGGCCGGGUCUAGAUUCCGCACACCCGGCCCCUUAUCCCAGAGAGGGAUAAAGGCCAACUGGAAGCUGCUCCAUUGGGGUGGAUGGUAGUGGCGAGGACUCUACUCCGGCACAUUCGUCCUCCUCCCCGGAUUUCAGCACCAGUGUAAAGGGAUUAAUGGAAAGGAAGGAGAUUGCCAAUGCUGCAACCAUGGAAGAGUUAUGUCAGGCAACUGAGUGUAUAACAGAAUACCUGGCAAAUGCAGGCAGUCUUCGAGCUAUAAAACGCCUCGGAGACAAGGAUCAGCUUGUAGACGAUAUUUUAAUGUUCCAGGUUGUGAACAGAGUCCAUGGCCCACUUGAACGACUCCGGGAGGGCCUGAUGACUCUUGGCCUGUUGGAUGCUGUUGUUAAACACAAAGAAGCCUUCAGACCCCUUUUCUGCAGCCCACAACAGCCACUUACUGCAGACACCCUUGAAGACUUGUUUAAUAUUCGCUACUCAGUUGCUGGAAGUAACAGCAUACUGCUAUAACUCACUAAAAAACUAAUAAGCAAAAAUUAAAAUGAUUUGUGUAUUAGUUGUUAGUCUUAAUGAAUAGUAAAUUCAACAAAACAAUCUGAUCAGCCAAAACACAGACAAUUAGUAUGGGUGUAUUUUAAUGUCAAUUUAGAUUUGUUUUACUGGUUUUCACACAGUGGACGUGGAGGGUUCAGCUAAACAGAUUUGCUUUAUGUAAGAAAAAAUAUUUGAAGGGAUUUUUUUUUUUAAUUUCAAUCAAGGUCAGUCACAUCAGACCACAAGGAUUAAUAUGUAUAAAUGUGUAAAAUUGUUAAAUAAAAUGUAUGUAUAUAUAUAUUUUUUUUAAAGAAAAUCCUAAAUACCUGAUGAGACGCAUAUUUCCAUCCAUGUGCCACAGACUGUUUGGAUAUGGCACAUAAUAUGUUCUUCUGGCCACGGCAGCACUCCAUCUACGUGCAGCUGUUGCUGGGUCAAUGUUCGUCAAAAUUACUCUCACUCUCUGUCGUGAUUCCAGCAAUCCCUCUGCUCGCAGCAAUGCUCUCAUCAUCUGUGAUGUUUUGGUAUGCAAAUAAUUACACAGAGUUUGAUUUACACCCAAUUUCACAGACAAUGCUUAAAGGAUUAGUUCAGCCAAAAAUGGCAAAAAUUAGCCCAUGAUUUUCCAUCAUUAAAGUGUUCCACAUGGCUUUGAGGGGUUAAUAAAGGCCUUCUGAAGCGAUGCGUACGUGUAAGAAAAAUAUCCAUUUUUAUUACAUGGCUUGGUUGAAUUGUAAUGUAGAAUGCGGUGUGUUAUUUCUUGAUAACAGACCGUUGCCAUGAAAAACAGAGCGUUGCCAUGGACACAGUUCUGUUCACUCUGCAGGACAGCUAUCAAUCCGAAAGCAAUACAAUAUUUUUUAAAUCAAUAAACUCCUUUUUAAAUCAAUAUUUUGUCAAAUUAUUGAUUUAUUUGGUAGGUAGCCAUGUAAGAAGCGGGAUAAUGUAGAGCGAUGCGGUUGUUAUAGCGAAUACAACCCCUUCAGGCUGAUUCAAGACACCGACGCGAAUCAGCCUGUCGGGGUUGUAUUCGCUAUAACAACCGCCUGGCUCUACAUUAUCCCUUAACACAUUACAAAGUAAAAUUCUAGCUUCCGGCCAAACGCACAUACAUAGUCUACUUGCACCUAAACGCAACUUAGUUUUAAAUAUGGAUAUUUUUCCAACACAAACGCAUGGCUUCGCUUCAGAAGGCCUCACCCCAGAGCUGUGUGUAGCAUUUUAAUGAUGGAUGGGUUCACUUUUAUGAUGGAUAGAAACAGCCAUUCAUUGCCAUUAUAAAGCUUGGAAGAGCCAGGACAUUUUUUAAUAUAACUCCAAAUUGUAUUCGUCUGAAAGAAGAAUGUCACAUGAACCUAGAAUGGUUUGAGGGUGAGUAAAUCAUGGGCUAAUUUUCAUUUUUGGGUGAACUACCUAGUCCCAAACUAUAAUGCAUGUUUGAAAUUAUACUGAAAGCAACUUAUCUCACGAUACACAGUAAUAUUUUUUGUUUUAUAAGGCACAUUUAUAAAAGCUACUUAAUGUCCUAAUUGAA